AUGAGCCGUCUCAUCGGCCUUCUGGCCCUGCUGGCCUUGGUGGCCGCCCAGGAGGACCCCAACCAACCCAUCGUCAUCCGCCUCGAGCCCCAGCCGCGCAAGCCAAAGUUCUUGGAGGAGGUCUCGGCCCCACGUGCCAUCCAGCCACCCCCAAUUGCUGGCGGCAUGGAAGUGCCACCACGGCCAGUCGAAACGGCCGCCCCGCCGAUGGUUGCCGCCCCGGUGACGCAGGAAACCGGAGUGUCCGACGCCCUGUCGCAGUCGCUGCCCAACCUGCUCGGAACCGGACCCCAGGCUCGUGGCGGAAACGGCCCCACCCACGCUGGACUUCCCCGUAUCCCCGGAAUUCCCCUACUCCCCGGCGGAAUCCCACGAAACCAAGAAGGCCAAAUCGACGUCGUCAGCCUGAUCGGCCAAGUCACCCGCCGAAUCUCCAACGGCACCACCCUUGCUGAUGUUCUUCCGCCAGAGCAGCUCCAGACUCUUGCCGACAACGUCACCGACGCCCUGCUCCCCUCUACUCCCGAGAAGUUCGAGCUCCCCAAAUUCAUGGGCCGCUGGUUCGAGGGUAUCAAUUCGCCACGUGCUAGCGAGCAACGAUGUGUUGUCCACCAUUACGGAGGCCUCACCAAGAACGACAAGACCGCCACGUUCACCGCCCUGAAGAUCUACCGCGAGGGCAGCGAGUUCGGCCCGGUCAAGUACUCGAUCGGAUAUGCCUUCCGCGGCGGAAACAAGGACGCCAUGCUUCAGCUGCACUCUUCCGAGACGAGUGAUGCUCAGCCUUUCUGGGUGUACAAGCUCGGCCCCGAGGGCAAGGAUCCGUUCGGCAACUCGCAGUACGAGUACGCGAUUGUGUCCAACUGGGUGAAGUACCCGGUUACGGUGCUUGUGCGUGACCCCGAUACCUUCAAGAAGAAGUACGAGAAGGAGGUGCUGCGCUGGUUGGAAGAUCAGGGCUUCAUCAACGGCUUCGUCCGUGCCUUCAACCUCCUCCAGCCCGCCUCGUACUCCUCGUGCCAGUACGCCGACUCGACCUUCGAGGUGUUCGGC